AUGUCGCAUAUAACAACAAAUGAAAUAUUUGAUUGGAUUUGCAUAAUAAUGAUUAUAUUUGGUACUAUUGGAAAUAGUCUUGGUUUAAUUGUAUUUUCAUCACGAAAAUUUCGUCAAACAACAUAUGGAAAAUUAGCAAUAACAUCAUUAAUAAUAAAUCUUUUAUGUGUAUAUCGUUAUUCACUUCUUCUUCAUUCAAAUACUCGUCGUUUGAUAACAUAUAAAGUUGCACAAUCAUGGUUUAAUUGUAAAUUAUAUAGAUUUUCAUCUUGUUUAAGAAUAUUAUCAGCAUUUGUAACUGUUGCAUGGACAUAUGAAAGAUUUACGUAUGUAACAACAAAUAUUCGAUUUUUUAGAAAUACUUUAUAUGUUAAAAAAUAUAAAUUUUAUUUUAUGACUAUAUCAUCUUUAAUUAUUGUUGCUGCUCUUACUGGAUCAACAGUUUAUUUUCAUGAAUUAGUAUCAAUUACUCUAUCUAGUCAUCGAACAUCAUAUGAAUUAAAUCAAACAUCAAUAUCAAAUAUAGGAUUAUCAAAUCAUACAUCAUUGGAUCGACAUUCUCGUCAAGAUGAAUAUAUAACAUAUAAUCAAAUAAAUAAUCGUACAUAUCAAAUAAUUUGUGGUUUAAAAGAAUCAAUUAGUUUAUCAUGGCGUCAUUUUUUGACUGAUGUUCGAUUUGGUUUAAAUUAUACAACAUUUCGUUCAAUAUUUUCUGAAAUAAUUCCAUCAUUAUUAGUUAUUUUUUUUAAUAUUGGAAUAAUAAUAAGUGUUAUUAAAGCAACAUUAUCAUUUUCAAAACAAAAAAAAGCUUCUUCAAUACAUAUUCGUCAAAAUCAUUAUAAUUCAUAUAAAACAAAUGAAACAGUUGAUGGUUUAAUUGUUCAUAAUCGACCACGUACAUCAUGGAUGAAUAUUGUUUUAAUAAUUCAUUCAUGUCUUUUCUUUUUUUCAUCAUUAACAUCAACUAUUGUACAUUGGUCAACAUCAAAUCCUCUUUUAUCACAUUGGACAAGUGUUGUUAUAUUAGCUAAUUGUUCAUUAAAUUUUUAUGUUUAUUGUUUAAGUGGAAAAUCAUUUCGAAAUGAAAUUAAAAAAUUAUUAUAUGAUUAUUUUGAAUUAUAUUGUUGUAUUAAAUUUAUGAAUUUAUUUCGAAGUAAAUCUCAACGUGAACAAAUUCAACAAACAAUUCGAAUGCGUACUGUAGUACAUAGAAAUAUGAAUUUAUCAACACAAAUAAAUUCUCAUUUACGAACACCUUUAUUUAUACAACGAUAUUAUUAA